AUGGCGCAAGCUGUAAUGGCAAAGAUUCCGACGAAACUUCAAGCGAAGGGAAAGUGGGCUAACCUAUCUAAAUACUGUUGUCGCAUAUAUUUCUUGCUCAUCAUCCUUCAGGUGCCUCUAUUCAGGAUUCAGUGUAGAUCAGGCACAUGCUCAACACCUAUUCAUGUUACAUCUUCACAGUUGAUUUCUAGAAGUUUUCCCUGUACCAGUGUACCUGACCUACAGCGCUUAGAGGUUCUUGCCGGAAGCUACUUCUGUGUGGCUGGCUCACUCAUUAACAUCAUAAAACCUGGAAGAAUGAGCAUGUUCGGGACCCUCCUUGUUGUCUGGGGUCUCGUAAAGGAAGGGAUUCUCAAAAAGCUUGUGGACACUGAUCAAACAACUGUGUUCGUGUACCCAACAAUGUUAGUCACUUUGGUUUGUGCUUUCUUAUCCGUAAAAUAUGAUGUUAAGAAGGUGGUCAGAAGUGCCUCUGCCCAACCCGUGGCAAAACCUCUCAAGAGCUCGUCCAAAUCCAAGCUGAAAUGA